UUUGAAAGUUGUUCAGAAAUUUGCAAAAUGAUCCCGGAUUAUGGGAGUAUGUCCCAUGGAAUGUUUCGCUAUCCCGACGUGGCAACGUCACAAAUGGGAUCUCAUGUUACGAUCCUGAAACCGAGGGAUAUUGUCCCCAGCCCGUCCGAUGUUUUUUCCACAGCUGCUUCCUUCUUCAGCGCGAACGAUAAUGAAGCAAAUUGGAAACGAAGAGCGAAAUUCUUUUUCCGAAUUUUGAGUUUUUGUUUAGGCCCAGCUAAUAUAUGGAGGUUUCCACAACAGUCGUUUAUUUACGGAAAUGCAACAUACAUGUAUUUGUAUAUUGUGUACAGUUGGAUAAUUGGAGUGUCAUUGCUAGUUUUUGAAGUUAGUCUCAGUCAGUAUUUUAUGAAAGGUUUUGCUAAACUUUUCACCCUUUGCCCCAUUAUGGAAGGAAUAACACUUUCGAUGGCAUUUUAUUGCAUAAUAGCGACUUUUUUGUACAGUAUGAUUUGCGUAUACUCUUUAGUAUACGUUUUUACCGGAUUUUAUAACAAAAUGCCUCAUUCGUACUGUUCAGACCCUAUAAAAAUGUACGGUUGUAAAACCAACUAUACCAACUUCACUCACUCUCCCGAAUUUAUUUUCUUUUACAAUUAUGUUGAAAGGUAUAUGGACGCAGACGCACAUUACUAUAAUUGGCGGAACGCAGUACUUCUCGUUUUUAUUUGGUUAAUAAUUUUAAUUGUCACUUGGUUCAGUAUUCUGCGACAUCAUUGGGUUGUAAUAAUACACAGCCUUUCAAUUAUUUUGGUGCUAAUAUACGCCACCACUGUUGGUUUAAUAAUGGAUUCAAAGGAUGGAAAUUUUACAGGUCUGAGUCGAAUGUUUAUUCCAACAACGAAUGAUAUCCUCCAGAUCCGUACUUGGAUUUAUCCAUUGGAACAAAGUGUUGUAAGUCUUGGUGUAGGAGCAGGUCCUUUGAUUACAAUAUGGUCUAUUUCUAAACUGAAAUACUGGUCACCUUGUGACACUCUAAUGAUAAAUGUGGUCACUUUCAUUUGCACUUUAUUGUCAGGGAUUAUUUUCUUCAGUUCUGCAGGAAUUUUAGUUGGUCAAAACAAAAAAACAUUACCGGAAAAACACGAAGAACUUCACGUUCAUGUUUUAUACACGCCUCUAUUCAAUAUGUUGGGUAAAGGUGCGAGUAACUUUACUGUGGUUAUUUACUACCUUGUGUUAUUUUGUAGCUGUUUAUACUCUUUGCUAGAAUAUGUCCAAAUUUUGCUUCUGUACAUAAGUAGUUAUGUUCUAAUCGAUAAAAGAAGACGUAAAAUAGUUAUAAUAAUGACUUGUUCCUUUCUGUGCAUUUGUUCGACUCUUGUUGGUGAUUUCAAGUGGGGUUUUGCUAUUAUUAUGUCAAUUAAUAAAAACUUUAUUGCAACCGCUUUACUUAUAAUUCUCACUUUUGAACUGUUAUCAGUGUCAUAUUUUUAUGGUUUUCGAAAUUUUUGCGACGAUAUUGAAUUUAUGUUAGGAUUUGUUCCUAAUUAUUUUUUUCAGAUUACGUGGUUGUUGUUACCAGCAGUGUUUUCUGUAUUUUCAGCCGCCUCUCUUUACCUAAAAUUCCAAGAGAUCGAAAAUAACCACGACAUAAUAAUCCUAUCUUUAAUAAUUUUGUUUAUUAUUUUGCCAGUGAUUCUAAUUGCAAUGAUUAAAUGCAUAGUUGGAAUAAGAGAAAUGGGUAUAAGAAGAGUGUUAAAUCCUCGAAGGAAUGAAUCAGAUUGGGAGAAUGACUCUGUUCAAUUAUCACCCACAACUUCAAUAUUCGCAAUUCAUCAAGAUUCUCUUCGCAAUUACCGUACUGAAUAUCCAUCAAGUCAAAAUUUUUCCAUCUCAGAACCGGAAAAUUUAAACUUUAGGAACAAACAAAACAAAUCAAUUCAAUUUUAAUUCAAUAAAGUUCGUUUUACGAAAGUCUCUUUUACAAAUUUCAUGCAAGUCACCAUUCGAGGACUCCCGAAAAAACCACACACGUGUUUAAAACCCUCCUUUUAAAUCGCAUUUAAGACGUUUUUAAGAAGAGUUCAAAAUACAUAUUGUGAUACGCGUGACCUGACAUUUUUCCUUCAUGAUUGAUGAUUGAAAAAUCAUUCACAAAUCCAGGUGCAUUUUUUCACUUCCUUGCAAUUUCAGUCGCGUGGUUAACAAUAUGGCCAUUUCCUAAUCAAACUAUCCCCUAUUAAAGCGAAAAAAGGGCGGUUUACGCGUGCUUAGCACGUUCUCACUGGGGAUGCUAAUAAUAAAAAAACGCAGGGUGCAUUUUACGUGUGUUAUAUACUUCUAGAUUUACAUAGGGGUGUUGCACAUACAAUGGCCUAAACGA